UGGAAGGCCAAAUUGGAGUUUGGUUGCCCUUUUCCUCUUGUUCUCCUUCAGGCCCUGGAAUCUUGCAUGGGUCGGCCAUUUGAAGGGACAGUGCAGAGGUUUCUGGCCGUGGUGCUUCCAGCCUGUGGAGACCUCAGCUUUCAGCAGGAUCAGAUGAUCCAAACCUUUGGCUUUAGGGACUGUGAGAUCACGCAGCUGGUAAAUGCUGGAGUCCUCACAGUUCGAGAUGCUGGGAGCUGGUGGCUGUCAGUGCCAGGAGCUGGGAGAUUUGUAAAAUAUUUUGUUAAAGGGCGACAGGCAGUACUUGGGAUGGUUCGAAAGUCCAAGUAUCGGGAGCUGUCCCUUUCUGAGCUCUUAGGCAGACGAGCUCCUCUGUCUGUGAGGCUUGGCCUUCCCUAUCAUGUACAUGAUUUAAUUGGAGGGCAGCUGCUUGACAUUGUCCCCACCGCAUCUGGGACUCUCCUUCGCCUGCCUGAGACAUGAAGAUUCGAGUUCUCUUUUCCCAAUUCAUCUGUUGGACUGGGGAAUGAAGUAAAGUGUAGAUAUAACUUGCAGCCCACAAGACGUCUUGACUUAACACAAAUGAAAGUGGCAUCUACGGAGGGGUUACCCCUUGAAGUGUCUGAAGUUGAGACUACUGUUUGGUUUUCUAGGUGGAUGGGACAGAUGUGAUCACUGCUGUGUACAGGUUUGGGGUUUGGACCGUGACUGCCCUUCCUUUGCCAAGGACAAAGAUCGGAAACUAUGUCAAUGUUUUGCUUAUUAUCGCCUUUCACUAGGCAUAAUGUCAUUUUGUUCUGGGGUUCUCUGUCCUUUUUUUUUU